AAGCCAAGAGUCACCCACUCCCCCUGUUUCUUCCUUUCACUCCCAUCUCUCUCUUUUUCUUCGAACCACAAAACCAUCCUUCACUCCUCUCUCUCCCAAUCCCUAUAACUACAAGCAUUAGCUUCUUCAAUUCAUCCAAAACCCAUCUUCUUCUUCAUCUCUUCUCUCUGUCUCCCUGUGUUUCUGUUCAUUUAAGCAUAUCUAUUUCUGCUGCCAUGGCUGUAGCAGAGCUGUCCCCUGCAUAUACCAAGACCACUCGUCUCCACUCCUCACAACUUUCCCUAUGUUCCUCCCGUAUCCCUGAUCACCGACACCGUUCUCUUCGAUUGGUUCCUCGGCAUCGAAACUGUAAAAUUACUUGCUCUGUUGCGCCCAAUCAAGUUGAAGCUCCGGUUGCAGUUCAGGCUGACGGACCUAACAGCAAGUCCGAUUGUUAUGGCGUUUUCUGCCUAACGUACGAUCUCAAAGCUGAGGAAGAGACAAAAACAUGGAAGAAGUUAAUCACUGUGUCAGUCUCAGGUGCUGCUGGGAUGAUAUCAAAUCAUUUACUAUUCAAACUUGCAUCUGGUGAAGUUUUUGGGCCUGAUCAGCCUAUUGCGUUGAAACUAUUGGGAUCUGAGAGGUCAUUCCAAGCCCUCGAAGGAGUUGCAAUGGAACUUGAAGACUCCCUGUAUCCUUUGUUGCGGGAGGUGAGAAUUGGAAUCGACCCUUAUGAGGUACACCAAGAUGCUGAAUGGGCUCUUUUGAUUGGUGCAAAACCUCGGGGACCUGGAAUGGAACGUGCUGACUUAUUAGAUAUCAAUGGGCAAAUAUUUGCUGCGCAGGGAAAAGCUCUUAAUGCUGUUGCAUCCCGUAAUGUCAAAGUUAUAGUCGUUGGGAACCCUUGCAACACCAAUGCAUUAAUUUGUAUGAAAAAUGCACCAAACAUUCCCGCGAAGAAUUUCCACGCUCUAACUAGGUUAGAUGAAAAUAGAGCAAAAUGCCAGCUUGCUCUCAAAGCAGGUGUCUUCUAUGAUAAGGUGUCAAAUGUGACCAUAUGGGGAAACCAUUCCACUACUCAGGUUCCAGACUUCUUAAAUGCAAGGAUCGAUGGUUUACCUGUCAAAGAAGUUAUCAAGGAUCAUAAGUGGUUGGAAGAAGAGUUCACUGUGAAAGUUCAGAAGAGAGGUGGUGUGCUGAUUCAGAAAUGGGGAAGGUCUUCAGCUGCAUCAACUGCUGUAUCAAUUGUUGACGCCAUAAAGUCUCUAAUAACUCCCACCCCUAAGGGUGAUUGGUUUUCUUCUGGAGUUUAUACCAAUGGAAACCCUUAUGGUAUAGCUGAGGAUAUUGUUUUCAGCAUGCCAUGCCGAUCAAAAGGAGAUGGUGAUUAUGAACUUGUCAAAGAUGUAAUAUUUGACGAUUAUCUCCGUAAGCGAAUUUCUAAGACUGAGGCUGAGUUGCUAGCCGAGAAGAGAUGUGUAGCUCAUCUGACUGGAGAGGGUAUUGGAUUCUGUGAUCUACCAGAGGACACAAUGCUUCCUGGAGAAAUGUAAUAGUAUACAACCAUACCAGACCUCUUUUUGAGAAACAGUGGCUACUGAGAUGAUGAGAAAUCUAAACGACGGCUACUGGGUGAGGAAAGAAAACCGUGUUUCUUAAGUUUAUUUGCGCAAUGUAUUCUAUUUAUUAGCAGGUAGUCUUCUGUUCUUUCUUCCAUUUGCCAUGUCUCUGCUGCAGUGUGCCUAACCUGCCAUAUAAUGAUGUCUGUACUGAAUUAUCACUUCAUAACAACAUAUAUAGUUCCAACAUUACAUAACCGUCCCUUGUUUUCUUCG